AGACGAAUUCCAGUCUGUGCAAUGGGGUUUUCUCUCUUGCUAUUGGUCAAGAGAACCAUUACAUUGUCCCUUCCCUCUUCAUGAAUAAAAGAAACAGAUGAGAACCUAUCAGUAAUCACAAACUCUCCUCCUACCCAGUGCGCAAAAGUUGGCCACUUUAACAACUUGCAAAUCUCUCAGAUGAGUCUAUCAGUCCCUAAAAAAUCCACCAGUUUCAGGGUACAAGAAAAACAAAGCUAAGGAAAACAAGAUAUUCCUGGCAGAAUUAUUCUGCUGAGUGAUUCUUCAGAUUUUCUACAAACGGUGCUUUGGCACAUCCACAUCCUGCAACUUUUUUCUCUCAAAGUUUUAUUUUAGAAAUCCUAUUUUAAGUGCUCUUUCCCCCCAGCAUUUGGUUUGGGGACUAAACUGCACAGAAAGACACACACAGCCCAAACACUUGGGACAAGGACUUGUAUUUCUUUUUUGGGUAUUUGAGUUCAGCUCCCAAGAAAGUGUCUUCAUUCGCCUUUUUGCCUAUGGCAAGUCUCCCUGGUUCUGUACCGAGAAUGAUGCGCCCUGGGCCAGGACAGAAUUACCCCCGCACAGGAUUCCCUCUGGAAGUUUCUACUCCCCUUGGCCAGGGUAGAGUGAACCAGCUUGGAGGGGUCUUCAUUAAUGGUAGACCCUUGCCCAACCACAUCCGCCACAAGAUAGUUGAGAUGGCACAUCAUGGUAUCAGACCUUGUGUGAUCUCAAGACAGCUCAGGGUCUCUCAUGGAUGUGUGUCCAAAAUCCUCUGCAGGUACCAAGAGACUGGGUCCAUCCGGCCUGGGGCCAUUGGAGGCAGCAAGCCCAGGCAGGUAGCCACUCCCGAUGUAGAGAAAAAAAUUGAGGAAUACAAGAGAGAAAAUCCUGGAAUGUUUAGCUGGGAAAUUCGGGACAGGCUGCUUAAGGAUGGGCACUGUGACAGGAGCUCUGUCCCCUCAGGUUUAGUGAGUUCGAUUAGUCGAGUCCUGCGAAUCAAGUUCGGGAAGAAAGAGGACGAUGAAGAUUGUGACAAAAAGGAGGAAGAGGGGGACAAGAAAACCAAGCACAGUAUUGACGGGAUUCUGGGGGAUAAAGGAAACCGUUUAGAUGAUGGAUCAGAUGUAGAGUCGGAGCCAGACCUUCCUUUGAAACGCAAACAACGUCGCAGUCGCACAACCUUCACCGCAGAGCAGCUUGAGGAACUGGAGAAAGCUUUUGAAAGGACACACUACCCAGAUAUAUACACCCGAGAGGAACUGGCACAGAGGACCAAGCUUACUGAAGCUCGAGUCCAGGUCUGGUUUAGCAACCGCAGAGCACGUUGGCGGAAACAAGCAGGGGCUAAUCAGCUGGCAGCUUUUAACCACUUAUUGCCAGGUGGAUUUCCUCCCACCGGAAUGCCAGCACUUCCUCCUUAUCAACUGCCUGAUACAUCUUACCCAGGGGCAAGUCUAAGCCAAGAUGGGGGGAGCACAGUUCAUAGACCGCAGCCUCUUCCUCCUUCCUCUAUGCACCAGGGGGGUCUAUCGGCUACGGCUGAUUCUAGCAGUGCCUAUGGGGCCAGACACAGCUUUUCAAGCUACUCAGACAGUUUUAUUAAUCCAGGAGGCCCAUCCAACCACAUGAAUCCUGUCAGCAACGGCCUCUCCCCACAGGUGAUGAGUAUUUUGAGCAGUCCCAGCGGUGUAGGCCCUCAGUCUCAGUCCGACUUCUCCAUCUCCCCUCUGCACAGUGGUUUGGAAACCAGCAACUCUCUCUCUGCCAGUUGUAGCCAGCGCAGUGACUCUAUUAAAUCUAUAGACAGCCUGCCCACAUCUCAGUCUUACUGUGCUCCUACAUACAGCACCACCGGCUACAGUAUGGAUCCUGUUGCCAGCUACCAGUACGGACAGUAUGGGCAAACUGCUGUUGAUUACCUGACAAAAAACGUCAGUCUUUCUACACAGCGCCGAAUGAAGCUUGGUGAGCACUCAGCCGUUUUGGGCCUCCUACCUGUAGAGACCGGUCAAGCUUACUAAAAAAAAACAUGUUGCAACACUUCUAGAACUGAUUCCAGAAUCUUGUCUAAAAUUGUGCAGCUCUAUAUAUCUCCCUACGUGUGUUUACAAGUUCCAUGGAAAUCUUCAAACAUCCAUCUCCUAUUUGGCACCAAUGUCUGGUAACAGCCAUCUGCUGGAGCUUCCACCAAUAUCCACCAUUUAAAGAGCUGCAACCAUCUUGUGCUAAGGGUUAUAUACAUGUACCAGAGCCAUCUGCAGUUGAAUCCAAAUGGCCGGACCAUUCAUUCAUGAUGUUUUUAUGUACAUUUUACAGAUAAAGAGGGAGACACAACAUUUGGACUUAACUGUCCACUUCCAGAUGAGCAAUUUUAUGUGGCACAAUUAGGAAGUGGUGCUUUAUAUAUCUAUACAUAUAGUCUCUGUGGCUGUUAAAUAGUAUAUAUUUUUUAUUUGUUUUUGAGUAUUAAAUAGACCAGAAAGAAACACUAAAUAUGCGGGCAUAAAAAGGACCAAGAGUGAAUAAAAAGCCUCAAUGAAAACACAAGGAAUGUGGACACACUUUUGCCCAAAAGUUUACAGAUUUUUUCUUUUGCCCUUUGGAUCAGUUCCUUCAAAAGCAUUAAAUGUAUAAGCAUUUAUCCUACACCAUAAAACCUAACCAGAGGUUCCUGUCCAAGCAUUAUCAAAAAGCAAAGGUAGCACCCAAUCUAAUAAUAAAGAGAUGGGAAUUGAAAGACUCUUGCUUAAAGGUGAUUUUAGGUGUUACCUGUUGACUUGGAUAUGACCAUUGAUAGUUGUCAGUGGGAUAAGUUGAGAACAUUCCCAGACAGGGCAUACGGACACAAGAUACCUCAGAUUUCAUGAUGACGAACCUGCCAAGCCAUUAUUUUGUCUAGUUUUUUUAAGUGCCAAUUUCUGAAAGCUGCAUCAUUCCUGGAGAAAUGCUAUAUUUUUUGCUGGUUGUGCAACACUUACUGGGACCAACAACACAGGUAUUCUUAAAUCUACACAUAUGAAAUCAAAAUUAAGUCACAACAGCUUUGUUUUCAUUUAACUUUACAUAAAAAACGUAUUGUUCUACGUUAGGAAUAGGAUAUUCAUUAUGUGAAGGCCCAAUUAAGAUUGGGAAAUUACUUCUGACUUUCACAAAAAAUUGGAGAUGACUAUAAGUUCCCUUGCAUGGAAUAAGAAGGUUUUGUUUGCUACAAAAGUGGACUCAUGCCAAGAAGAUGAAUUACUAUUAUCACAUAUUAAAAUAACAAUAUAUAUAUAAACUACCAUUUUAAAAUAUUCAUAUGCAUCUACAAAUUAUGUAAAUAAAACCAUUGCCUCUUCUAAGUGAAGAAGUUGCACCAUCAUUCCAGAAAAGAGAUGGAAGAGAUUGAAUUUAAGUUUUCUGUGAAUAGUGUAACACCGACAGAUGUAUAGUAAAGUUGAUGUAUAUGACGUAUGUGGUGUCUUCAGAAUUUGUAUAUAUUAUGUCCCAAAAGGAAAAAAAAUAUUGUAUAGGGGAAAUAGUGGAUAUGCACGGGGUGGGAGGGGGGUAGAGGGGCACUUCCAACUUCAUAAAAUUCCAAGAACUCCAGAUUAUAUCAUGACUUGAAUUCUUUUAAAAAAAAUCUUGUCUACAACAAUUCCAAGACACUGAACAUUACUUGGGGCUCGAACUAAGAGCACUAAAAAGAGGAACACAUGGAUUUAUGGAAAAUUCCAAUGGCGCUUCUACUUGUUAAACAUUUUUUUAUAUAUAUUUUUACAUCAAUGGACUUUAACAGGUUGCAGACCCCAGGCUUCAGAGGACAGUCUGGAGUCUACAGUACUCUUAUGCAUAUGUAUAUUAAAUGGUUCUAACUUGUCAUUCUAAUCUCACCCGUCCUCACUUAGCACUCGAUAACAUUCCAUCCAAAUAACAGCAAAGCAAAUUACGUCUAUUCACAGCCAUUUUGGUACACUUGUGGGCACAUGUGUACAUAUAUAUAUAUAUAUAUAUAUAUAUAUAUAAUCCCACUAUAAUUUAUUCAGCUAUAUUAAGAUGUAGACUAGAAAGAUAAAAUGACUCUUGAUUUUUCCACUUUGUUGCUGGCUGAUGACUUCUGAACAUCUAUGGACACAUGUUUGGAGUCUUCUCUGGCUGCUAUAGGGUCAACUACCUGCCGACUGUAAGUGUUCUUUGUGUAAGUCAGGCAUUAUUGUUAUACAUUAAAGGUGAUGAAAUUUAAACUA